CAUGUCGUCCUGUCGCCGUGUGGCGCUGGUGACAGGAGCCAACAAGGGCAUCGGCUUCGCUGUCACCCGCGAGCUCUGCAGGCGCUUCUCUGGGGACGUGGUGCUCACUGCGCGGGACGAGGCGCGGGGCCGGGCGGCGGUGCAGCAGCUGCAGGCCGAGGGCCUGAGCCCGCGCUUCCACCUCCUGGACAUAGACGACCUGCAGAGCAUCCGAGCGGUGCGCGACUUCCUGCGCAGGGAGUACGGGGGGCUCAACGUUCUGGUCAACAACGCGGGAAUCGCCUUCCAGGUGGAUGACCCAACACCCUUCGACAUUCAAGCUGAGAUGACGUUGAAGACAAACUUUUUCGCCACUAGAAACGUCUGCACUGAAUUACUGCCCAUUGUGAAGCCACACGGGAGAGUGGUGAACAUCAGCAGUUUUCAGGGCUCCAAGGCUCUUGAAGACUGCAGCGAAUCCCUGCGGGAGCGGAUCCGCUGUGACGCACUCACGGAGGGGGACCUAGUGGACCUCAUGAAAAAGUUUGUGGAGGAUGCGAAAAAUGAGGUGCACAGGAGGGAAGGCUGGCCGGACUCGGCUUACGGGGUUUCCAAGCUGGGGGUCACGGUCUUGUCCAGAAUCGUGGCCCGGCAGCUGGAUGAGCAGAGAGGGCCCGACAGGAUCCUGCUGAACGCCUGCUGCCCCGGGUGGGUGAAGACAGACAUGGCCGGGGACCAGGGCUCCAGGACUGCGGAGCAGGGGGCCGAGACCCCUGUCUACUUGGCCCUGCUCCCCCCAGAUGCCACGGAGCCCCAUGGCCAGCUCGUCCGCGAUAAAGUUGUGCAGCAAUGGUGAACCAGUUCUCACACCAUGGGGCGUCGGUGACGCACAGGCUGCUCCCAGGUCUAAUGCUUAACCUCAGCGGAGGGCUGGGGUUUUAGCUCAGUGGUGCUGCUGCCUGCCUCACAAGUGCAAGGUCCCGAGUGUGAUCCCCGAUACCCC